CACUCUGUUGCCAUGUCUUCAUAUCGAUCUAAAUCACAAAACAGAAAAAAACUGUAGAGUUCAAAACCCUAGCCGGACAAACAAAAAAAUCCACCCUAGAAGAAUCGAUUCACCUUGAAUCUCCAUAUAUAUAUAUAUACACACACAUACACAUAUAUAUUCAAAUGUCAAGCGGUUGGAGAAGAACGUUGGGAAAUGUGAGGUCUUUCAUAGGCAAUUCAACGGGAGGUCUGAGAGGAGGAAGCAAUUUGGCCUCGUGGGUCGUCGCUGGAACCCUAGCCUACUUCCUUUGGGUCAAGCCCUCCCAAGAACGCAGGAAAGAACAAGAAAGGGCAGCUUUGGCUGCAGCUGCGGACCCAAACCGCUACGUUGAGAAACGAAAACCCAUUCCUGAUCCUCAGGAGACUGGUUUGAUAUAUGGCAACAAGAACAGAAGUAACAAAUCCCAGGAAUGAUUUAAGUGAAGUUGCAAAACCAUCUGCAAGUUAGUUUUGUCGUGGCAAAAUUUUAUGCCCUUUUGUGGAUUUCUGUGUUAAACUGUUGAGUCUUAUGAGUAUGUAAUAUUUACAUCUUUAAGAUAGCGGAAUUUCAGUUUACCAAUUGUGAAUUUAUAGUAAUUAAAUUUUCGUACAAGAUAUUUUUUUUGUGUUGUGCUUAGAAUGAGUAGCAUGGAAUAAAAUGUGUUUAUCAAAUGAAAUGGAUGGUUUGGGUUUCCGAGAUGUUUGAGUCUUCGAUGACCCAAUGCUUGCCAAACAAGGUUGGCGUCUUAUGACUAGAGGAGCAACUUAUUUUUUGGAGUUUUUUGCUCAAAAUAUUUCCCCAACUCAAGCUUUUUCUGGAGGCUGGUGUGGGGAGAAAUCCUUGGUGGGCUUGGCGUAGUUUUUUGGCAGCAAGGUAUUUGUUACUAGAGGGAUUGUAAUGGGAGGUGGAUAAUGGGGAGAAAAUACGGAUUUGGAAUGAUAAUUGGUUCUCUGGAAUUAAAGCUUAGAAGUCUUCAUUUCAAGAUCCUACUGUCACAAAGUUGCUCAGCUUAUUGAUCAGUGUUGCAUGUUUGGAAGUAGCCUUUAGUGAGGUAUCUUUUCCCGCUGAGGUGAGUAAUGUCAUUCUGAAAAUGACGAUAAACAUCUCUGGAAAUGAUGCUAAGCUAGUGUGAGGAUUACCCUAGUAAUAGUGAUUUCUCUGUGAGGUCAGCCUAUCUUCUUGGAAUAGAGCUAAAGCAGAAUCGGGAAAGGAAUAAUGCUGACAAAGGAGGGCUAGCAUUGGUUCUAAGGUCUGGAAGUCGAUUUGAGCUUUGAAGGUUGAGCCAAACAUUUUCUUUGGCAGUUGAGUCUUGAUAGAGUGGCAGUGGCAAACUCUCUUCAUAGACGAGGAAUUGAUGUGGACUUUAUUUCCAAGCUUUGCUUCAAUGGGGUGGAAGCUAUUGGUCAUUUGUUUUUAGAAUGUGAGAGGGCUGUGAGGGUGUGGAAGUUGUCUCCUCUCCGAAUUGAUUUAGAGGUCCAAUGUGCAGAUUCUUGGGGAGAAUGGUGGUCUGAUUUGUUGGCAAACUGUGGUAAAUAUGAUAAUUGAGGUGAACUCAUGUGCUUGGCUUUUUUUGGAAAUCUAGAAAUGACUGAGUAUUGAAUCACAAGGGUGGUCAGAUUUGGAGGUGGUAAAACAAUCGGUUGCCAAUUCUUCGAAUACUUUGAUACUCAAAAAUUGUGCUUUAUAGGGCAGUCUUGUGGGUCUGUUCAGAGGAGUUACUGCUCUUGGUGUCCUCUGGCUCUAGGGUAAGUUAAAGGAAAUUUUGAUGCAAUCUUUUGCCAAUCUUACAGCGAAGCUGGUGGAGGUUUCUUAGUCUCAGACAGCGGGGGUUGUGUUCUCCUGGUUGCUUCAUUUUUUCCUUCCCCAUGGUUUCAGACACGGCAACUGCUGAAGCUUUAACUUUUAGGAGGGCUAUGUCAUUCGGUUUCUGCGUUAUUAGCUGAAGCUGUUACUGAGAUGUGAUACUAAAGCCCGGGACCAGGUAGGGAUGUUACCGCCAAGCAGGCUCGAAUUCCAGGUUUAUCAAUCGAAGAGAACAAGAGCAGCCCGAACCUUUAUCAAAGAUAGAGCAAGUCUCGCCUUGGACCAGUCCAGUUCAGUGCUUGUUAAGAUCCAGAAAUUGAUUUACACGGUAAUAUCCAAAGAAAGGCACACUUGAAUUGGGCUUCUGAUCUGAAUGGAAAGUGAUUCUUGCGGAUCCCGGUAAUGAAAUCCCAAUCCAGUGAACGCAUAGAGGCAGUUUUGAUGUCAACUAAUCUUCUUAUUCUCCAACCCCCGUUUGCAGUAGUUUUAAUGACCUGAUUCCCGUGUUCGAUGCUUUAUGGGCUUUCAGGACCUCUCCUCGAUCUGCCACUGGCAUCUCACCUUUCACUCUCUUUAUGGUCAAAAUACAAUUCUACCGGCACUUGCUCCUUUCCAUCGCUCUGUGUAUAUAAAGAAGUUCACAUUCAGUAACAUCUGAACCUUCCACUUUCAUAACAGAAAGGAAAGACUAUCACAUGCUCCGAAAGGCUCCUGGAGGUUCAUGGGACUCUGGGUGUGCUUCACAGGUUCAAAAGAAGGGUCCCGGCAGUGGCUGUGGUGGUUUCAAUGAGCAAGGGAUUGUAGGGAGAGUCCCCUUUGAAGUGGAGGAUAUCGACUAGCCUUUGAGGUUAUAGGGAAUCUGAGGUGUCGAAUCUCUAGUGUGUCACUUCAAUGGGGCCUCCCGUGUUGAUGAAUGUGCCAUGCACGUAGUAAGCUUGACUUAUGCAUCUACCAGCAAGGUGAAUGCUCCAAACUGUAUGACUCUUAAGUCUCUAACCAUGCUAAGGAAGGUACUGACAGUGCCAUUGCUACUGUAGUUCCUGGUUCUCCUCAGGAAAAGAUGAUUGAAGUGACUAUUGAAGAAGAGGGCAGAUAGAUCUGGAGAGGAUAUUCAAGGAAAGGAGCAGCCCAACAAAGAAGCCAAGGCCGAAGGAAAACUGCCAAUCAAAAGCUUAUCUUCUAAUCUGGGAACCUUCUUGUUGUCUUCGAUCCAUCUAUAUGAAGUUCGAGACAAGGAAUUCCAUUCUGUGUUGACUCUACCAGAUAGAAUAGAAUUCUAUUCUUGUGAAACUGAAAGAAAUGGGGGCUAAGAUUGCUUAUCCAUUUGGAAAGGCCAAUCUCAUGUUCAAAUGCCUUACCGAGUAAGCAUGCUGCAUGAGGGAGGAAGGGACUGUAAUUCUGCCCUAAUCUGAACUACUUCAUUCUCAGAGUCGAAUUGGGAGGCUUUGUCCAUGACUUUAGUGUGAAGACAUAUCGAAGAUUAGAGUGAGGCUGAGACAGUCAGCUCAACAUCUACGUGCCAAGAAUGAGAGUGAUGAGGCUAGCAAUUGCAAAGGAGUUCCGAAUAUAACAAUUGCAUUUGGAAGGUGAUACUCAAGUGGUAAUCCGAGCAGUUCUUGAUGAAGUGGCUAUUGUUGUGCAGUGGUCACUAGUCAUAGAUGACGUCAGAUCUAUGCGUUCAAUUCUCCAACCGAAAUUUAUUUCAUAUGGUCCUAGAGAGAGCAAUGGUGUGGCCCAUAAGGUACCUCAGGUUGCUUCGAUGAAGAAAUCUGAUAGCUGUUUUGUAGAUAGAAUUCAUGUAUGGUUGAGGGAGGCUCCGUAUGUUUAUGGAUUUCACUCGGUGAGUUUAUUUUAUAAAUUCUCUCCCUCUUUGCCAGGGGAAAAAAGAAAAAGGCUCGGCUAUUUGCAUACCAUUUUUGUAUCUCUAAGUUAAUAUUGACACAUAUCGACCAUGCAGGACAAUCAUGUGAACUAGUUUUUAACUUUUUUAUUCAACACAGGAAUUAUUUUACGUCA